GAUGGGGGCUGCGGCAGGGAGAACGCUCAUCCUUCUGAGAGCAGCUGUGGACUGAAUGGUGAAGGGCAGCAGGCACAGGAGCAGAGGCAGGCACAGGUUUGAAGCCCCUGGACCCAAGAAGCUUCCAUAAUUGUUAACGGAGUUGGAGUGAGCUGAAAUAAAGAGGUAGAGAUCCUAAGCCACCUUUUGAAAUCUUCUUCAAAGGGAAAAGUAGAAAUGAAGGUACAUAUGCACACAAAAUUUUGCCUCAUUUGUUUGCUGACAUUUAUUUUCCAUCACUGCAACCACUGCCAUGAAGAACAUGACCACGGCCCUGAAGAGCCUCACAGACACCACCGUGGAAUAACAGAAUUGGAGCCAAGCAAAUUUUCAGAGCAGGAUGCUGAAAAUGAAAAAAAAUACUAUAUUGAAAAACUUUUUGACCGCUAUGGUGAAAAUGGAAGAUUAUCCUUUUUUGGUCUGGAGAAACUUUUAACAAACUUGGGCCUUGGAGAGAUAAAAGUAGUUGAGAUUAAUCAUGAGGAUCUUGGCCACGAUCAUGUUUCUCACUUAGAUAUUUUGGCAGUUCAAGAGGGAAAGCAUUUUCACUCACAUAACCACCAGCAUUCCCACAAUCAUUUAAAUUCAGAAAAUCAAACUGUGACCAGUUUAUCAACAAAAAGAAACCACAAAUGUGAUCCAGAGAAAGAGACAGUUGAAGUAUCUGUGAAGUCUGACGACAAACACGUGCAUGACCGUAAUCAUCGCUUACAUCAUCACCAUCGCUUGCAUCACCACCUUGAGCAUAACACAACUCGCCACAUUCAUAACGAUUCCAUUACUCAUGGCGAGCGUGGGGAGCCUCGCCAUGAACCUUCGACAGAGACCAAUAAAACACAAGAACAGUCUGGAGUUAAGCCACCAAAAGGAAAGAGGAAGAAGAAAGGAAAGAAAAGUGAUGAAAAUUCUGAGGUCAUCACACCAGGUUUCCCCCUUAACCGUGAUCAGGGUGAACAGUAUGAGCAUAAUCGGGUCCAUAAAACUGAUCGUGUACAUAACCCAGCUCAUUCUCAUGUACAUCUUCCAGAACAUAAUGGUCACGAUCCUGGUCAUGGACACCAAGAUCUUGAUCCUGAUAUUGAAAGUGAACUUCGACACACUAGAAAGCGAGAAGCACCACAUGUUAAAAAAAGUGCAAUUUAUUCAGCUGCUAAUCACAAAGAUCAUAAUGAAGAUGACCGUCAACAUGAAUGUUUGAACGUCACUCAGUUAUUAAAAUACUAUGGUCAUGGUGCCAACUCUCCCAUCUCACGUGAUCUAUUUACAUAUCUUUGCCCUGCAUUGUUAUAUCAGAUCGACAGCAGACUUUGUAUUGAGCAUUUUGACAAACUUUUAGUUGAAGAUUUAAAUAAGGAUAAAAAUCUGGUUCCUGAAGAUAAGGCAAAUGUAGGGGCAUCAGCAUGGAUUUGUGGUAUCAUUUCUAUCACUGUCAUUAGCCUGCUUUCCUUGCUAGGCGUGAUUUUGGUUCCCAUCAUUAACCAGGGAUGCUUUAAAUUCCUUCUCACAUUUCUUGUUGCACUCGCCGUGGGAACAAUGAGUGGAGAUGCCCUUCUUCAUCUACUGCCUCAUUCUCAGGGUGGACAUGACCACAGUCAUCAGCAUGCACAUGGGCAUGGGCAUUCGCAUGGACAUGAAUCUAAGAAGUUUUUGGAAGAAUAUGAUGCUGUGUUGAAAGGACUUGUUGCUCUAGGAGGCAUUUACCUGCUCUUUAUCAUUGAACACUGCAUUAGAAUGUUUAAGCACUACAAACAACAGAGAGGAAAACAGAAAUGGUUUAUCAAGCAGAGCACUGAAGAGUCAACUAUUGGAAGGAAGCUUUCAGACCAUAAAUUAAACAAUACACCAGAUGCUGACUGGCUUCAACUCAAGCCUCUUGCUGGAACCGAUGACUCAGUUGUUUCUGAAGAUCGACUCAAUGAAACUGAACUGACAGAUUUAGAAGGCCAACAGGAAUCCCCUCCUAAAAACUACCUUUGUAUAGAAGAAGAGAAAAUCAUGGACCAUUCUCAUAGUGAUGGAUUACAUACCAUUCAUGAGCAUGAUCUCCAUGCUACUGCACAUAACCACCAUGAUGAGAAUAAAACUGUGUUGAGAAAGCAUAAUCACCAGUGGCACCACAAACAUUCUCAUCAUUCACAUGGUCCCUGUCAUUCUGGAUCAGAUCUGAAAGAGACAGGAAUAGCCAAUAUAGCCUGGAUGGUAAUCAUGGGGGAUGGCAUCCACAAUUUCAGUGAUGGGCUGGCAAUUGGAGCAGCUUUCAGUGCUGGAUUGACAGGAGGAAUCAGUACUUCUAUAGCAGUCUUCUGUCAUGAACUGCCACAUGAAUUAGGUGAUUUUGCAGUUCUUCUUAAAGCAGGCAUGACUGUAAAGCAGGCGAUUGUGUACAACCUCCUCUCUGCCAUGAUGGCCUACAUAGGCAUGCUCAUAGGCACAGCUGUCGGUCAGUAUGCCAAUAACAUCACACUCUGGAUCUUCGCAGUCACCGCAGGCAUGUUCCUCUAUGUAGCCUUGGUGGAUAUGCUUCCAGAAAUGUUGCAUGGUGAUGGUGACAACGAAGAGCAUGGCUUUUGUCCAGUGGGGCAAUUCAUUCUUCAGAAUUUAGGGUUACUGUUUGGAUUUGCCAUCAUGCUGGUGAUCGCCCUCUAUGAAGACAAAAUUGUGUUUGACAUCCAGUUCUGACCAUUCCCAGUAAUCACUGUUGAUUACGAGGAUGUUACCAUUCAGCUUUGCAUCUGUUCCUUGUACUGUAUGCACAUUGCUCAAAGAAAAGUCAGUGGCUUGCACUACUUACAAGUUCCAUAGAUUUGAGCCUAACCACAAAAGACUGGUGCUCAGUACUGUUUUCCCUAUAUGAAGGGUCUUUUAAAAACAAAGUUGGUGAUAAAGAGGAGAAAAAUGGGACUCCAUGAACCAAUGUUGAUACAGGUUUGAUUAAAACUUUUUAAAAAAUAAUCAUAUAAAACACUAAAGUAGUCUCUUUAUUAGUAGAAACUUCUGUGGCUAUGCAGAACUAGAAAUUAAACCAAAAAAAAAUCAUUUAAACUUUAAAAAUAUUUUAAAUGGACUUUGAGCAGACAUUUUUGUGUAUGCUAAGAAUGAACUGUAGUGCCCUUUAAUUCAGCUACAUAUAUACAUAUGGUAAUAGGGAUCAACUUGACACAACUUUGAAACCGCCUAAAGUAGACUAUAGGAACUAGAGGAAAGCUCAGGCUGCAUUAGAGUAUGAAUUUAGCAUCGGGAAAAGCCCUUAUUCUUGAAUCUAGAGUUACUAUUUUUGUAUAUAUUUGCAUAGUGUUUAAACUUGCAGCCUAAACUACUGAAAUUUGUGAUUGUAUGUUUGUGUGAGCUUCAGUUUAAUGAAAGAUUCAUAAUGGUUUUUUGUAUUAUUAUAAUACUUGGUGUUUGGGGGUAUUUUUCUUUUUUUUAAACUUCAAUUUUAUUUUUGUUCUGGGAUUUUGCGGGGGAGGUGGGGAUCAAAGCAUGUGGUCAAAUGUAUUUUUCUUAAAAUUAUAACUUGCUAGAAAAUAUGAACCCAAACAUGGUCUAAACCAUUCAAUUUUUCGACUUUACAGUACUGACUAGAUUAAAUGGGAAAUUUAAGUUCUGAAUGUUCGGUAAACAGUUUAGCAUUAGAACCAACACCAAAUGGAGCACAUGCUGUGGCUGGCAAUAAAGUUGGAAGGCAGAAAAUCCAAGUUUACCAUGUCUGUAAUCUGUACGUGAAGUGUCAGUUAAACAGUUUCCAGGAUAAACUACACUGAUACCAUGGCUAUCAUGGUACCAAGUAAAUGACUAAGCUGAAAUCACUUGAUCAUUUUGUGCCAAGAUAUGCUGUUGGUGCCUGAUAGGGAUCAGUCUCUUUUUUAGGUGCCCUGUUCUUCUACCAUAAUUGUAAAUGAUUUGUGAGAAGUGCAAGCCAUGUUUAUCCUAGAUUUUGACUCAAUAAUUUGUAGUACUAGUCAUACGCAUGUAGCUUUCUGUUUACAUUUUGUGCCACAUGGUCUUCAUUUAUGCCAGGUAAACUAUAUUUGAACUAUGUGCAGCUAGCUUUGUUUUAAUCUGCUUGGCAACGAGUAUAACUUUUAAAAAAAAAAAAAAUCUUGCUGUUCAAAUAUGUAAGAGCCAAACUCUUUCCAUUCCAUUUUAAAUGUCUCUAUUUAAUCCUUCU